CGCCCAGCCGCCCUUCCGCGAGAGCCAGGUCUCGCGUGCGGAUUCAAGCCCGGCCCCGCGAACGCAAUGUUGUUCUGGCCAGGCCUUCCGCCGCAACUAAGUUGAAAGUAAAAGUGUCUGGAGCGCUGGCGAGCACUUUCCUAGUAUGAGCAGCUUUAUGAUUUGGGACAGACAAGCAAGAUAGCUGAAUGAGUAGAAGGCAUCAAAGAUGGAUGGAAGAAAUCCUUGGUGGUGGAAGUGGAGGUAUACUUCACUUCGAGACGACGCCCCUGAAGAUUGUUCGUGCUGAAAAGCAGUUUAUGACAGAUAAUUUUGGUAUUCAGUACCUUGAUUGUGUUUCCAAUGUUGCACAUGUUGGACACUGCCAUCCUCAUGUUGUGGCAGCUGGCAAAAAUCAGAUGGCAACAUUGGUAUCAGCCCAAGGUUUUAUGAAUGAUGCCCUUACCAAAUAUGUGAAACAAUUGGUGAACAAACUACCAGAUGUUCUUAGCAUCUGCUACCUUGUUAAUUCUGGAUCUGAAGCUAAUGAUCUAGCAUUGAGAUUAGCACGUGCUUAUACCAAUAGGAAAGAUGUAGUUGUUUUUGAUGA